AUGUCCGGGCUGAAGAAGCGGAACUCGGGCUCCUCGGCGGACCGGGACGAGGACCCGCACGCCACCCAGAGGAUGCUGUCCCCGGCCGGGGAGAAGGGUCUCGACCAGCCGCCCCCCGGGGAGGAGGCUGCGGGCCCGGAGGAGCAGCCGGAGGGGGUCGGCCUGAAGAGGACCAUCACCCUGGUGAACGGCGUGGCCAUCAUCGUGGGCACCAUCAUCGGCUCGGGCAUCUUCGUGACCCCGACGGGCGUGGUGCGGGAGGCCGGCUCCGUGGGGCUGUCCCUCAUCGUGUGGUCCGUGUGCGGGGUCUUCUCCACGGUGGGCGCGCUGUGCUACGCGGAGCUGGGGACCACCAUCUCCAAGUCGGGGGGCGACUACGCCUACAUCCUGGAGGUGUACGGGUCCCUGCCGGCCUUCCUGAAGCUGUGGAUCGAGCUGCUCAUCAUCCGCCCGUCCUCCCAGUACAUCGUGGCCUACGUGUUCGCCACAUACCUGCUGAAGCCGGUGUUCCCGGACUGCCCGGUGCCGGAGAACGGGGCCAAGCUGAUCGCCUGCCUGUGCAUCCUGCUGUUGACCUUUGUGAACUGCUACAGCGUGAAGGCGGCCACCCGUGUGCAGGACUUCUUCGCCGCAGCCAAACUUCUGGCGCUCGGACUCAUCAUCAUCAUCGGCUUCGUCAGGAUCGGCCAAGGGCCCACAGACGGACUUCUUCCAGAGAACUCGUUCGAAGGAUCCAAGUACGAGUUUGGAAGCCUCGGCCUGGCUCUGUACAGCGGCCUGUUCGCCUACGGUGGCUGGAACUACUUGAAUUUUGUCACUGAGGAGAUGAUCGACCCUUACAGGAACCUUCCUCGAGCCAUCAUCAUCUCUCUGCCCAUCGUCACCGUCGUGUACGUUCUGACCAACCUGGCCUACUUCACCACGCUGUCCCCGGAUCAGAUGCUCAACUCGGAGGCCGUGGCUGUGGAUUUUGGAAACUACUACCUGGGUCCGAUGGCCUGGAUCAUCCCCGUGUUCGUAGGUCUGUCCUGCUUCGGAUCGGUCAACGGCUCAUUGUUCACGUCGUCCAGGUUGUUCUUCGUGGGCUCUCGGGAAGGUCACCUGCCCAGUCUGCUGUCCAUGAUCCACCCGACCCUGCUGACCCCACUGCCCUCUCUUCUGUUCACUUGUUUGAUGACGCUGCUCUACGCCUUCUCCAACGACAUCUUCUCCGUCAUCAACUUCUUCAGCUUCUUCAACUGGCUCUGCAUCGCCAUGGCAAUCGUGGGGAUGAUGUGGCUGCGCUACAAGAAGCCCGAGCUGGAGCGACCCAUCAAGGUGAACAUUCUGCUGCCGAUCAGUUUCGUGCUGGCCUGCCUCUUCCUCAUCGUCGUCUCCUUCUGGAAAACGCCAGUGGAGUGCGCCAUCGGCUUCGGCAUUAUCGCCACCGGCGUGCCCGUCUACAUGGUGGGCGUGUGGUGGAAGAACAAACCCAAGUGGCUGCUGCAUGGAAUCGAUUCGACGACGGCCUUUUUCCAGAAGGUGAUGGAGGUCGUGCCUCAGCACUAGAGGAAGACCUCG